GGGAAACCGAUAAGCGGAUUCGUGGUGUAUUAUAACAAUAUGUCAUCUUGACAUCAUCGAUACGUCAGAAAUCACAUGAGAGAUCAUUGUCUUCAACUUAAUUUACAAUACUCGGAGCGAUUUGAUAGCGUGGUAUAUUUCUACAGCUGUUUAUCUCCUCUCCACCAUGGCAAUGACGACACGGAAUGCCCGGCUUGGCCAGGAGGUUUCUAGAACUUUGCGUCGAUCACCGAGAAACUUACCGCAGCAUCUAAAGGAAAAAUUGGAACAGCCAAAGCCUGAAAGAGAACCUGAUAUAGAAACUUUACCUCCAAUUGUUUUCAAAGGACAAAUUCAGUAUGCUAAUGACUUUUUUGACUGUGCCCAAAUUUGUGACAAUCUCAUACAAGAAGUAAAAUAUAGUGAGAAGAUCGUACCAGUAGGUUUUGACCUGGAAUGGCCUUUCAGUUUUCAAACUGGCAGUGGAAAGACCGCAUUGGCACAAAUCUGCUUAAAAGACAGUGUGUGUUAUCUUUUGCAUGUGUAUUCACUGAAAAAACUUCCAGCAGCUUUUGUCGAGUUUUUCUGUCAUCCAAAAGUUAAACUUGUUGGUGUCAAUAUAAAAAACGAUGUGUGGAAGCUCGGACGAGAUUUUAAGGAGUUCCCUGCUCAGAAGGUGGUAGAGAACAAUUGUAUGGACUGUGGAACAUAUGCCAAUCAAGUCUUGAAGCGAUCUUGCCGUUGGAGCUUGGAAAAAUUGACUGCUUACUUGUUGAAGAAAAGAAUCGACAAGAAUCCGGAAGUGCGAAGAAGCAAGUGGCACGUGCAACCACUUAGCGACGCCCAGAAAACUUAUGCUGCAUCAGAUGCUUAUGUAUCUCUUUUGCUUCAUAUGACAAUUGAGGCAAAGGCUGCUGCUUUAGAAGAGCAAAAUCACGAAAAUUCACCAAAGCCUCUACCUUAAUGAAGUUCAGGUUCAACAACUAUUUAAAUUAAAAUGCAUUCGAGAGUGGUGAAG